AUGGCCAUCGCAAAGCCGGUCCGCGCCCUGGGCCUUGCCGCCAUACUCAUGUGGUGUUUCUUCCUCUACACCAUAUGGCGGCCAUCGACGCCCAUGGGUCCCGGUGAUUCCCUCAAGAACCUGGAGCGAGAUCCCAACCUGGAUCCGACCGGAGAGCCCGAAGGCAAUCUGGUGCGAGUAUCACCCGCAUACGCCCCCGAUGCGAACCCGUCGGCGCGAAUCAAUGCGACAUUGCUUGCCCUGGUACGAAAUGAGGAGUUGCAGGGCAUGCUGCAGGCCAUGGGAGAUCUGGAAAGAACCUGGAACCACAAGUUCAACUACCCCUGGACCUUCUUCAACGAAGUGCCCUUUAGUGAGGAGUUUAAGAAGAAGACGCAAGCCGCGACAAAGGCAGAGUGCCGAUAUGAGGUCAUCCCUGCCGAACAUUGGGACAAGCCAUCGUGGAUCAAUGAUGAUCUAUACACGGAGUCGAUGAAGAUUCUCAAGGAAAACGACAUUCAAUACGCCGAUAAACUUUCGUACCACCAAAUGUGUCGAUGGAACAGUGGUCUCUUCUACAAGCACCCGGCCCUCGAGCAUAUGCAGUUCUACUGGCGUGUAGAGCCCAAGGUUCACUUCUUCUGCGACGUGGACUAUGAUGUUUUCCGCUACAUGCAGGACAACAACAAGACGUACGGUUUCACAAUCAACCUUUAUGAUGCGCCCAAAUCGAUCCCUACUCUGUGGCCAGAGACCAGCAAGUUCAUUGCUCAGCACCCUCAUUACUUGCACAAGAACAAUGCUCUCCAGUGGGUGACCGAUAAGGAGCGUCGCCCCAGCCACAACGAGCAGGCCAAUGGUUACUCUACUUGCCACUUCUGGAGCAACUUUGAGAUUGCAGACAUGACUUUCUGGAGGAGCCAGGUCUACGAGGAUUACUUCAACCAUCUUGAUCGUGCUGGUGGUUUCUUCUAUGAGAGAUGGGGUGAUGCGCCAGUACACAGUAUCGCGCUUGGUCUCUUUGAGGACAAGAGCAAGAUCCACUGGUUCCGCGAUAUCGGAUAUCAACACAUUCCCUUCUUCAACUGUCCCAACUCGCCAAAGUGCAAGGGCUGUGUCACUGGCCGCUUCACUGAUGGCGAGGCAUGGCUGAACAAGGAGGACUGUCGUCCAAACUGGUUCAAGUUUGUUGGUAUGGGCUAA